GGCGCUCGAGGGCGUGCUCAGCAAAUACACCAACCUCCUGCAGGGCUGGCAGAACAGGUACUUCGUCCUGGACUUCGAGGCCGGCACCCUGCAGUAUUUCGUGAACGAGCAAAGCAAGCACCAGAAGCCUCGAGGAGCCCUGUCUCUGUCUGGAGCCAUCGUGUCCCUGAGUGACGAAGCGCCCCACAUGCUGGUCGUGUACUCCGCGAACGGGGAGACGUAUAAGCUGAGAGAUGCAAAAGAGAAACAGUUUUGGGUGACUCAGCUUCGCGCUUGUGCCAAAUACCACAUGGAAACGAAUUCUAAGAGUGCUCCAAGCUCCCGAAGCCGAAGUCUCACUUUGCUCCCCCAUGGAACACCCAAUUCUGCGUCUCCCUGUAGCCAGAGACACCUCAGUGCGGGGGCCCCCGGUGUUGUCACAAUCACGCAUCACAAGUCGCCUGCAGCUGCCCGAAGAGCCAAGAGUCAGUAUCCUGGCCAGCUUCACGAAGUCAGAGAGAUGAUGAACCAGGUGGAAGGGCAGCAGAAGAACCUCGUGCAUGCCAUCGAGUCCCUGCCAGGUUCCGGCCCCCUCACCGCCCUGGACCAGGAUCUGCUGCUCUUGAAAGCUACCUCUGCCGCCACCCUCAGCUGCCUCGGGGAGUGCCUCAGCCUGCUGCAGCAGAGCGUGCACCAGACGGGCCAGCCCAGCCACAAGGCAGGCACCUCAGAGAACAUCCUGGGAUGGCACGGGCCCAAGUCACAUUCCACAGAGCAGCUGAAAAAUGGGACACUUGGCUCUUUGCCCUCAGCCAGUGCCAACAUACCCUGGGCAAUUUUACCCAACUCCGCCGAAGAUGAACAGACCUUACAGCCAGAGCCAGAGCCAAACUCAGGCCCUGAAGUGGUUUUGUCCGAAGAUGAGAAAAGCGACAAUGAAGAUAAGGAAGAGACAGAACUGGGUGUCAUGGAGGACCAACGCAGUGUAAUCCUCCACCUUAUUUCACAGCUCAAACUUGGAAUGGAUCUGACCAAGGUGGUGCUCCCCACGUUCAUCCUGGAGAAGCGCUCCUUGCUGGAGAUGUACGCGGACUUCCUGGCUCACCCCGACUUGCUGCUGGCCAUCACGGCUGGGGCCACGCCGGAGGAGAGAGUCAUUAGCUUUGUGGAGUAUUACCUCACAGCCUUCCACGAGGGCCGCAAGGGGGCCCUGGCCAAGAAGCCCUACAACCCCAUCAUUGGCGAGACGUUCCACUGCUCCUGGGAAGUGCCCAGGGAGAAGGUCAAGCCAAGGAGGACUGCUCCCCCGUCUCCCGCCAGCUGUCACGAACACCUGGCAGCCGAUGACCCUGCUAAGAGCUACAAACUGAGGUUUGUGGCCGAGCAAGUGUCCCACCACCCGCCCAUCUCCUGCUUCUACUGCGAGUGCAAGGAGAAGAGACUGUGCGUCAACACUCACGUAUGGACCAAAAGCAAGUUCAUGGGCAUGUCCGUGGGGGUCUCCAUGAUAGGGGAAGGUGUGCUGAGGCUGCUGGAGCACGGGGAGGAGUACGUGUUCACCCUGCCGAGCGCCUACGCGCGGUCCAUCCUCACCAUCCCGUGGGUGGAGCUCGGAGGAAAGGUCAGCAUCAGCUGCGCCCAGACCGGGUACUCGGCCACCGUGGUGUUCCACACGAAGCCAUUCUACGGGGGGAAGGUGCACAGGGUCACAGCAGAAGUGAAGCACAACCCGACCAACACCAUUGUCUGUAAAGCCCACGGGGAGUGGAAUGGCACGCUAGAGUUCACCUACAGCAACGGGGAGUCCAAGGUCAUCGACACCACCACGCUGCCCGUGUACCCUAAGAGGAUCAGACCGCUCGAGAAGCAGGGGCCCAUGGAGUCCAGGAACCUCUGGAAGGAGGUGACUCGAUUCCUGCGGCUGGGGGACAUUGAUGCAGCCACCGAACAGAAGCGGCGCCUGGAGGAGAAACAGCGGGUGGAGGAACGGAAGCGGGAGAGCCUCCGCACACCGUGGCAGCCCAAGUACUUCAUUCAGGAGGGUGACGGCUGGGUGUACUUCAGUCCUCUCUGGAAAGCACACUGAUGGGUGGAGGCGCAGAGCUUUCUGAAAUAGUUUUUCGUAGGAAUUAAAGUGGUAUCAAGAUUCUGUGGGCAUUUGCCGAGACCUCUCGUUAGCACCCAAGAAAUGGUAACGGAAAGAGAAAUUCGAUGCUGUGGAAUAUGCACCCCCUCCCAAACUCUGCUACAGGAUUGAAUUUAUUCAAGAGCCAUUCGGGGCAUGUGUGUGUACACCCUGUCUACGUUCACACACAUGCACUGCGCACACAGUUGCUGAGGAUUACGCGUGUAAAUACCGCCCUCACUGAGCUGUGAGUAGUCACGAGCUCCUUUUUAUCAAGGAGGUCUGAAGUUUUCUAUUUUUCACUUUGCCAAAAAUGUUUUGCACUCAGAGAGAUAUUCCCCCUUAGUCAAGCCCUCUCAAAACAAGGUGACUUGGCAUGGCCCAUCGGUGGCCGUAUGGGCAGAAAGUGGCUUGUUGCUGGUACAAGGGUACACGGCUGUCAUUUCAAGGUUAUUGUGACUGUCACUUCCUUCCCCACCUCCAAGUUUUAUCCGUCCACAUCCAAGAAAGAUGAAUGACUAUUUCCUGCUGGGUGGGGGGUGGGGACAGGCAGGAAGCUGUUCAAGUUUGAUGCCAGGGCCGGACGGUGGCACGGCAGUUAAGGCAACGAGAUCCCCAAUGGCUCACUAUGCGGUUUGAGUCCCAGGCCCAGUGACUUAACAAAAUGCACUGGGCACUUGUGUGUUCAUGCCCCGA